UUCCUUUAGUUCAUUUUUCGUAUACUUGCCAUGUUUAUAUACAAAUAUUACCUCGAAAGGACUUAAUGCAAACGAAUAUUCUUGUUUACGCAUCACCAUGAACUAUCAAACCAAGCGUAUGAUGCGGCAAAAUUCUGUGUCCAUUGCGGCCAGUGAGGUGGGCAGCGUCGCAUCGCCUAUUAUAGCAUCGACAUCGACUACGCCUAGUGCUCCACAGUUGCAGAACCUUGAAGACAACAAACCCGUGCACGUGCAUCGUCAGGUGAUACUGGUACAGGGUGGCAACGUGUCGCAAGCGCAACACCAGCAGCUGCAAUCAGUGACAACAACGGCACCCAACCAAAAUGCAAACAUGGCCGCUAUCCAAAUUGCGGACGAUGCACCCGUCUCGUUGCUAACAGAGAUUGCAGACAUAAUGCGAAGCUUUGGCGACAGCGAUCAGCCGCGAACUGCUAGCGUCAAGCUGGUGGAACAGAUCCUGCAGCAGCAGCUACGUGGUAUUUUCAAUGAAGCCUCACUAGUGGCUAUGCGCCGAAAACAGAACCCCUGUCCCUCGCAAGCGGACUUUGAGUUCCUGAUGCGUAACCAUCCCGUGAAGAUAGCGCGCAUGCGGAAACAUUUAAAGGACAUGCGUAUACUGAAACGAUUUCUGAGCAUCCGUACCGGUAGGCCACAGGAUUUUAUGGAUGACCUGGAGCAGCCGGAGGAGGACGAAGAGCUAGCCAUUGAGGUACAGGAGCUACACGAUGAGGAUCGCAUGCGUCGUCUGUUUCGCGCUGAUCGCAUUUCUCAAAUACUCACUGGCCAGCAGUAUCUCGAGUUCAACGAAGCCCGAAAAACUUCAUUCUACUGCCGACACGGGGAAAAGAUCAAGAACAAGUUUAGACGAUUUCUGGACUUGCCCGCCGAUUUGCGUAUUCCCACUCCCACGAUGAAUAUUUUGGCCUAUUUGGCGCACGAGACUAUUGCGGCUAUUGUGGACUACUCGAUACUGACCCGGCUGAAUUCAGAUAACCGCGCCACAGAGCCAUACAGCCGUGUCACCUCAGCCGGAGGUAGUCCAGCAAUGAUGCAUGUAUGUCCAGAGGUGACACAGGGUCGCGGCAUGGAGGUGGUCAAACCCAUAAGCGUGCAAGAAAUACACGAAGCAAUGCGUCGAUUUCGACAGAUGAGCAAUCGCAAAAUUGGUCGCUAUCGCAACUCCUGUGACAUUGAUUUCCGGCGCAGCUUUUUGGCUAUUUAGUAGAUAUUGAUUUUAAAUACUUUAGAUAUAAAUUAAUCAAGCUAUGUCCGCCUAGAGUUCUGACGGGCAGUGUAAAAUAAAAGGGAAAAUGAAAACUA